CCAGAAUUUGCUGAAUUUGAAGACGCGUUACCUCAUUUCUCACCUCCUCCCACUGCAUUACAUACGAUGGAUUCGGAUAAUGAACGUCAAAGUAAUAUUGAAAUCAAGGCCUUGCCUUCUGAUCCUCCUGCAAUGAAUCUCAACGGUGAACAACAUUCUCCUCAACAACAACAAUCAGAAUCGAAUCCCAGCAUACAUGAUCAACAGGAAAUGCGCUCAAUUUCAUCUCAUCAACCUCAACAAUCUGAAGCUAUGGUGUUUGCUAUGCAGGCCGUGGAGAAUAUGUUGCAAGACGAUACUAUGAUGAAUACUGAAAAUCAUGACCCACCAGUUACUUUAUCGGAACAUAAGUUAUCACCUCAGCAAUUACCAGCAAUUCAAUCUUAUGACAACACUCUAGAAACUUCCAAACCACCAACUACACCUCAACCUGCAGUUUUGGCAACUUUAGCUGAUACCAAACGUCCAUCCUCUGUCCAAUCUAUAGACUCUAAUCAAAUUCGAUUCAAACCUGUUCCCAAUCCGGCUUUUUCACGCAAGAAUGAUUCUACUGUUCUUAACGAUCCACCUGCUACCGACAAUUCUAUCAAGAAAGAACAACAACAACAAAUCUCCUCAUCUGACGACAAUGAUCAUCAAUUAGCCGAACUGAUAUCAACAGCAGCUUUGGUGGCUGCAGGAAAUGAUGAUGACAAUCAACAAUCAGAUAUAGCAAAGAAAGAGGAUGAUGCUAUCAAAGACGAAGUUGUCAACAACAAAAAUAUUACGAAAAGCAAUGAUGACCCAAUCAAUUUGACGGAUGAUGAAUCAGAAGAUAGUUACAAACUCCCUGUACGAACUCCUCCCAAAGACGAAAAAUGGGUAAUAUCAUCUAUUCGACGCCCUCAGAUGGUGCCUGUACGAUCUACGAACGCCCGUGUAUAUGAUGGAACAACAAAUUCUCGUGGAAGUAUGAUUCGAUCUAGCGCUAUCAUUGAUGCCAACGUAGAACAAACACAACAAUCUACUAGUGAUCAACAUUUACCACAGCAACAACAACAACAACAACCAUCACCGGAAGCCAAUGUGACAGGAAAGUUGAAUCGACCUCAUCCCCCUCUCAAAAUCGAUAUUCCCAACAAAAAUGAAACCAAAGCAGCUGCACAAGAAGCCAUUGCAGCAGGUCGCGCACACACUCAACAUCAUUCUCAAUCUGCAUCUCAACAAAACCAUACUCAAUCUUCUAAUUUUCAACACCAUUCUCAACAGCAACAACAACAACAACAACAACCAACAACAACAACAACAACAGCAACAACAACCUGAAGGUGGAUUACAUCGUUAUGGAAGUGUAUCUGGUCCUAGAGUGGCUCCUGAUAUUAUCGCAUCAGGUAUAGAUACUGAUAUUGGUGGAAAAAAUAGCAGCAAAAAUGGAAAGGAUUUCAGCAAAUUCAUGAAGGGUGUACUCAAAUCUAACGAUGGUCGACCAUUUUCAAGUGACGUUACAAUGAACAAC